CUCCUCCCACCACACAGAACCCAAAGCAAGCGCGCGGCCAUCAGUGGCACUGAGUGAGUAGUUCACAUCACCUGUCUCUAACAUGUCGCUGGAAACGCUAACACGGCUCGAAAUGUAACUCAGACAACCACCAGUCAGGUCGCACUUAUUUUGUCGCUGAGCCGAAGUGAAACAGCAUGUCAAAUAUGUUCGUUCCAGCUCGUAAUCCCAGACGAGAGCCGUUGAGGGCAGACCUGACCGUGUGAAUUUAACCGCAUUAGCUAGCCAGCUAGCUGGGUUUACCUUUAGCUGCGCUAGUCGAAACGAGCUAAUAUCACCAACGGUCCAAAUACUUAGAUGUUUAGCGAGUGGGUUCUCGUCAGAAAGGCACACUUGACGGCCGCCUGGAACGUGGCGUCUACUGGAAGGAGAAUUUCGACUUAAGAAAUACGGUGGCCUGAGCCAUGGGGGCGUUUUUAGAUAAGCCCAAAACAGAGAAAUACAAUGCGCAUGGGGAAGGGAACGGCCUGCAUUUUGGCCUCAGCAGCAUGCAGGGAUGGAGGGUGGAGAUGGAGGAUGCGCACACUGCAGCCGUAGGCCUGCCACAUGGCCUGGACGACUGGUCCUUCUUUGCCGUCUAUGACGGGCAUGCCGGCUCGCGUGUUGCUAACUACAGUUCCAAACACCUAUUGGAACAUAUCGUCGCUGCGGGGUCAGCAGAUGAACUGCGGAAGGCUGGAACUCCAGCACCCGAGACACCAGCCAUAGAAGCGGUGAAGAGGGGUAUCCGCGCCGGCUUCCUGAGGAUUGAUGAACACAUGCGCAGCUUCACAGACCUCCGAAACGGCAUGGACCGCAGUGGCUCCACCGCGGUGGCUGUGCUGCUCUCUCCAGAACAUCUGUACUUCAUUAACUGCGGGGACUCACGGGCCCUUCUCUGCCGCAACGCGCACGUCUGCUUCUCCACGCUGGACCAUAAGCCCUGCGACCCACGGGAGAAGGAGCGUAUACAGAAUGCAGGUGGCUCUGUGAUGAUCCAGAGGGUUAAUGGAUCGCUGGCUGUAUCCCGAGCACUGGGUGACUAUGACUACAAGUGUGUAGAGGGCAAGGGCCCCACAGAGCAGCUCGUGUCACCGGAGCCUGAAGUAUUUGAAAUUGCUCGGUCAGAUGCGGAGGAUGAAUUUGUGGUGCUGGCGUGUGACGGUAUUUGGGAUGUGAUGAGCAACGAGGAGCUGUGUGCCUUUGUGCGAUCGAGGCUGGAGGUGACAGAUGACCUGGAGAGAGUGUGCAAUGAGGUUGUAGAUACCUGUCUACAUAAGGGAAGUCGAGAUAAUAUGAGUAUUGUAUUAGUCUGUUUGCCAAAUGCACCCCAGGUGUCAGAGGAGGCGUUAAAGAGAGAUGCUGAGUUGGACAAGUACCUUGAGUCACGUGUGGAAGAGCUCAUUGAGAAAGCAGGGGAAGAAGGUGUGCCUGAGCUGGCACAUGUCAUUAGCAGCCUGUCCCAAGAAAGCAUCCCCAAUCUCCCACCAGGGGGCGGCCUUGCCAGCAAGCACAGUGUUAUUGAAGCAGUGUACAACCGGUUGAACCCCCAAAGAGAAGAGGAUGGUAGUGGUGCUGACCUUGAGGACCCGUGGUAGUCUUCCCACCUGAGGAAAGAGCACCUGUUCUACACAAGACAUUGGUCAUGUUUCUUUUGUUCCAGUGAAACCAAGAGAUUCAACGGACAGUCUUUCAAGAGUCACAACACAAUGGAAACACAGUACAACCAAAAGCAUUACAAACAUGCUUUAAUUCUAAUAUAUGAGGGAAAGAAUGGAGUUCCAGUUUUAAAAACAAACUUAAACACAACAAUAACAAAAUACGCAUCAUACAAUAAAAAAAAACAUUUUUUCUCACUUUUUUGUGGUGGCUGUUGGUGUUCAUUUUGAAACCGAGGAUGUUGUGCUGUGGUGCCUUUUCAAGUCGGCUGUGAAUUCGAGUGAGGUUUGCUAACGCCAGAUGCCCUGAGACCAGGAUACAGUUGAUAAACUUGGCUACAUGAGACCACUGCAGCCCCUGGUAUGGGUUUACGGAUCAUCACUGGCUUUAAUUGAGGAUAUAUUUGACUGAUGAUGAAUGUGUGUGGAUCAUGUUUUAAAGAAUUGCUUCAUUACUUCAUAACCUGCGUGGAAAUGAUUGAAGCUUGUUGGCCUUUUGCACCUUUCCUCCCUCGUCAUGUGCAUUGACUGACCUUUUGGUAGAACCUCGGACUCGACUCUGCUUCAUUUUGCAGGUUAUCACUUGAUAGGUUGUCGAAAGCUUUUUAAUCCUGCUGUUUCAGAGAAUAUAGAAUAUAUAGAGAUAAAUAUAUAUAAAUUCAUAUAUAUAUUUUUUAUUUUUCCCAAGUUUGACGUUCUUUGUGGCUUAACGUGUGAAGCAAUAGAGUUGAGUUGGUGGUGACCGAUGAGCGUGCCACAUUGUGUGAGUUACUUUAGACACACUGAGAUUUGUUUAUGUACUUGUGUAACCCAGCCACCCAAGAACUGUGGGUGAUGUUGGCUAAAAGGGAUUUUAAGUACCCACCAAAGCCACGCAGCUUUUCUCAGCUCCCCCUUUGUAUUAUAUCUGUCUUCUCUCUUUAUCAGCCCUCACUUUCACAAUGCAGAUGUGAACUUACAGCAGCCUACCUUUCAGUUUUUCUUAUCAAGAGUAUAUUGUGAAGUAGUGUUUUUUUUGUUUAACUGAUCAUAAAAAUACUAGCUUUGUGAUGAAUUCACAGAAUAUUUUCUGAUUCAUCUUGCAGUGUAAUGUUGGUUUUGCUCAUAUAUGUUCAGCAGUCCAUGGACUACAGUAUUGGCCUCAGAACCUGAAAGGUGAUGUUGAGCAGAACAAUAAAGUUUCAGGAAAAAGCA